CUAAAAGAUUAAAAUAAAAAAUUAAUUUUUUUUUUAGGAUAUAGUAAAAAAUAAAGUUAAAUCAGUUUUUCGAUUAUAAUCAUAUGGUCAACACGGUCUGAACCGGUGCCGUUUCAGGUUAACCCUGGUUAACAUUCGCUGAUUUUUCAGAGUUUCAGGCAGUAGGUGUACAGAUUUCGAGAGCGAUGGCGGGAUUACUGGCCUGGGCAGCGGAUGUUGUUGGAGGUCACGGCGGUGGCCAGACCAAUGAAGCAGACGCCAUCCCGAUAACCUUCACCGAAGAGCAGCAAAACUAUGUGCGAGAAUUAGAUCGAAAGGCAACCUCAUUGAGCCGCACGAUCCAGGAUCUACGGCUCAGACUGCCUCCACCCGACAUCUCCCAACGCCUUCCUCACCUCCACGCUCACUCUCUAGCUUCCAAUGCUGCUCUUGCUCUGCAGUUGAACGCUCACUCUGCCACUAAGGAACACGCCCAAUUGAGAGAGGUAACUUUGCUGGAAGAAAAUGUUGCAUAUGAAAAGGCUAUAUCAAAUUGUGAGAAUAAAAUACAGGAGAAAAUUCAGGAAGCAGAUUUACUUCAGAGGAAGUUACAGGAAAUGGAUGAAAAUGAAAAGAAUUUGAGACAGGAACUGGAAAAUGCAGAAACUGCGCUGAACACCAGUCAGUCUGGAAGGCCUGGUGAAUCAGUUGUAUAUGAAACAGAAGUUGAAACUGAACCAGAUACACUAGCUACAAAUUCCACUUUAUUGGAGAAGUUGGAGAACAAGAAAAAAGAACUGAGUUCAAUGGAAGAAAUUGUUCAAGAUUUAGAGAAAAAAUGGGCUCAAGUUCAAGAUAGUGCUCUGAAGCAGCCUAUGCCAGCGCAGAGAGAGAAGAUAUUGGAUAAACAGCUUCAUAGCUUAAUUGAGCAACUAGCAGCAAAGCAGGCACAAGCAGAAGGCCUGGUCAGUGAAAUCCAUUUGAAAGAGAUGGAGCUAGAAAGAUUAAAUGGCUUGUGGAGGCAGCUUGAAAGCAGCAAUGCAGAGGCCAAUACUGCUAGAAAUCGGUUUGGGAGAAGCAACUCAGGCAGAGGAUUUGCUUCUUCGGAUUAUAUUUCUGACAAGCUUCCUUAUUCAACUGGUGGUCAAACAGAGCAACAGCAGAGGCUUAUGCUAAUGAGGUCGGCUUUUGUGCUGUAUAUUUUAAUGUUGCACAUCAUAGUCUUCAUCAAGAUUUCAUUUUGACUAGCAUCCGGAUAUACUCUUUCUUGUCUUCGAAAGAUCUUUUUUUUUAAUUAAUAUUUUUAUUGCUUGUUGAACAUGAUGUAUUAUCUCUACUGUAUAGAACUUAUUUUGAUAUUUUUAUACUCAGAAAAGUAUAAUUGCUAUGUUGUUUUAGACUAGUGGUUGUACUAAUAUUCUCUUAUGUAUAUUGAAUGUUCUAUUUAUCA